UAUAUGCACCAUAAUUUGAGCAGUUUUCCCUUAACAUUUGUCUUACUUAACAGUUAGGAGUUAGAACACACACCCCUUGCAUUGGUACACAACAGAAUCACUCUGCUUUCUACUAGACACUUUUGCUCACUGGCCAUUGCUUUCUUUCAUUCAUUCAUGGCUCUUUUUGUAUUUGCUAUUUUAAUGUUGAUGGCCCCUUCAAGCAAUGCUGAGUGGCCACCUUCACCUGGCUACUGGCCAAGUUCCAAAUUCAAGACGAUGAACUUUUACAAAGGUUUUAGGAACCUUUGGGGCCCCCAGCACCAAAGAAUAGAACAAAAUGCAUUAACAAUUUGGCUUGAUAGAACCUCAGGAAGUGGCUUCAAGUCUGUUGCUCCGUUUCGAUCCGGAUACUUUGGUGCUUCCAUUAAGCUCCAACCUGGCUACACUGCUGGAGUUAUAACAGCUUUCUAUCUUUCCAACAAUGAAGCUCAUCCUGGAUUCCAUGAUGAAGUAGACAUUGAGUUUCUUGGGACUACGUUUGGAAAGCCUUACACUUUGCAGACCAAUGUUUAUAUCAGAGGAAGUGGAGAUGGUCAAAUUAUAGGCAGAGAGAUGAAGUUCCAUUUAUGGUUUGAUCCAACCAAAGAUUUUCAUCACUAUGCUAUUCUCUGGAGUCCUAAGGAAAUAAUAUUCUUUGUGGAUGAUGUGCCAAUAAGGAGGUACCCGAGGAAAAGUGCAGAGACAUUUCCAAUGAGGCCAAUGUGGCUUUAUGGUUCAAUAUGGGAUGCAUCAUCAUGGGCAACCGAGGAUGGCAAGUACAAAGCUGAUUAUAGGUACCAACCCUUUGUGGCAAGGUACACAAACUUCAAGGCUAGUGGUUGCACGGCGUAUGCGCCGCGCUGGUGCCACGCCGUCUCAGCCUCGCCCUAUAGGUCCGGCGGGUUGAGUAGGCAGCAAUAUAGUGCCAUGAGAUGGGUGCAAAUGUACCACAUGGUUUACAACUAUUGUCAAGACUCCAAAAGGGAUCAUAGGCUAACACCUGAGUGUUGGAGUUAAAAUAAUAAUAAAAAAAAAGGUUAAAAAAUUUAACAUUCAUAUAUGGACAUUCGAAGUUGGCCAAAUUGAGGUAUUGAUAAAUUGUUAAUGGACUCUUCAUUAUAGGUUCCAAAGAAACACUGUUGCCUUGUGGUUUUAUUUUAUCUUUUUCCUAUGUUUGAGAAAGUUUGUUUCUUUUUUCAUUUUCUUUUCUAAAAAGAAAAAAAAAAUUAUGAGGGGUAACUUCGAUUUGGGAUUGGCCCCUCACAUGACAGCAACAUUGAUGCAAGUGUUGUUUGAGCGUCCAAGGCUCUCAAGACAGGAGAAAAAUUUGGAAGAUU